UUGAUCUUCACAUAAUUGUAUCAAAUGAGUUGUAAUCCAGUGUUGCAGAUUUGUAGAUGGUACCAAAUACGCUAGUAAUCUGGUCCGUUCAUUAAGACCCCACUAAAAAUGCAAGUCAAUGAUCAAACUCAAACGCGUCCCAUUUUAUCCAAAUCAAUAAAGAAACCCUAACUUGAAAAAAUCCAGAGAGAGAGGGAGAGAGAGAGAGUCGAGAUCAAGUCGAUCGCCAACAUCUACCCGCAGAGAUCGUCGAUUUGCUCUCUCGGUCGGUGUAGAAUUCCGACAUGGGGAACACGGAGAAGUUGAUGAACCAGAUCAUGGAGCUGAAGUUCACGUCGAAGAGCCUGCAGCGGCAGUCGAAGAAGUGCGAGAAGGAAGAGAAGGCCGAGAAGCUCAAGGUCAAGAAGGCGAUCGAGAAAGGCAACAUGGACGGAGCCCGUAUCUACGCCGAGAACGCCAUCCGCAAGCGCAGCGAGCAGAUGAACUACCUCCGCCUCGCCUCCCGCCUCGACGCCGUCGUCGCAAGGCUCGACACUCAGGCAAAAAUGACCACCAUCAGUAAAUCCAUGGGCUCGAUCGUGAAAUCCCUGGAGUCUUCCCUCACUUCGGGCAAUUUGCAGAAGAUGUCGGAGACGAUGGACUCUUUUGAGCGCCAGUUUGUGAAUAUGGAGGUGCAAGCCGAGUUCAUGGAGAGCUCAAUGGCUGGAUCCACGUCACUGUCGACUCCUGAGGGAGACGUCAACAGCUUGAUGCAACAGGUGGCUGAUGAUUAUGGAUUGGAGGUAUCAGUGGGGCUGCCGCAGCCUGCAGCUCACGCUGUGGCUGUGAAGAGCACGGAGAAGGUCGAUGAGGAUGACUUGUCUAGGCGCCUUGCCGAGCUCAAGGCCCGUGGUUAACUGUUGUAGUAAUCCUAUUCCUAUUGGCUCGGUGCUGCUGCUUCCGUUUAUGGAGCAUAGUAUUUGUGGUAUCCGUUCUGUGUUUAAAGAACCCUAUGAUGUAAAUUUGAAAGAAUUGCGGACUCAUUUUUCUGUAGUACUUUUAUUGUGCCUGUUAACUCUGGAUAUUAUGUCUCUGCUACACUGUUACUCGAUGCCACUUUCAGGAUUUGUUAUGCCUUGAGAAGUGUUGGUAUUGAAUUGCUAUGUAGAUUUUAUAUGUAAGUGUAUGAGAAUCGUCGGAUUGGCUGCCUCCUUUUAA